CACUAAUGUUUCAUAAUCUCUCUCAGCCAUCCUAGCCUCCCCCAGCCACCACAGCCACCAUAGCCUCCCCCAGCCUCCCCCAGCCACCAUAGCCUCCCCCAGCCACCCUCAGCCGAUUUUAGCUCCUCGUAGAUCCGACUCGUCAGUCCUAGGUGAACUGUGAGCCUGGCUGGAACCUCCUGCAUAGCCUGCGUUGGUAGGAGUCGCAACACCCAACCUGCCGUACACCUCCGCCUCUUACACCCACACUAUGCACUGGCGCCUGAAGAUAUACCCAUACCUGUCUCUUGUACUGCUGAGUGUAUUGUGGUUUAAUCCAGGGAAAAUUCCUCACAACCACAGUCUACCUUCCUUGGCAAAAGACAGCGUGUGGUACCCAGGGCGUGAUAUUCCACCACCUACCCUGUCUGAAGGAGGCGACGGUGGGGUGGGGUGGGAGGCUCGGCAGAAGGAUGGAGGCCUCGUCAGUAAAGAAGGUGUAAUAUUAUGGGAGAAGCAGCAGGAGAGGAGGCAGAAGGCGCUAAUGGAGGGCUGUAGGGGUACUAAUCCAAUCUCUGAACUCCGUCGGGUCCUCAUCAGUCAACCGAGGUUACAGAGGCUCCUGACCGACGACCGCCAUCGAACUAUGUAUUGUUUCAUCCCCAAGGUGGCUUGUACUAACUGGAAGCUCCUGUGGGCGAGGCUGACGGGGCGCUACAACACCCUGACCCAGGAAGAGAAGACCAGCGGUGAUAUUCAUGUUAUACUGGAUAAAGAUAUUCAACAGGAGAACCGUAAGUUAUCAGUCCUGAGAGGCAAGUUGGCUGUCUACACUAAGUUCCUGAUUGUGCGUCAUCCCUACGAGCGACUCCUCUCAGCUUAUAAAGACAAAGUAGCUGGCAUCUCAGAGACCAAUUUCCAACGUAAAGUUCUCAAUCAUGUGCAGACCAUCAGACCCAACGCCACUCAGACAGAUAUUAAGUGGACGGAGUUUAUCUCGUACAUAAUCGACGGCGGUUAUAAGGAGGAUGAACACUGGUCGACGUACAAGAAGCUGUGUCAUGUUUGUACCGUCCAUUAUAACUACAUCGCUAAAUAUGAAACUCUGACAGAGGAUUCGGAAGAAAUAUUACGGAGAAUUGGGGCGCCUGACGAUCUUCAUUUCCCCGUGUUCGAGCCGUCUAACACAGCCACAGUUCUGCAAACAUACAUGAGGAACCUGACUAAGGAACAGGUGGUGGGAUUGUACCGUGUGUAUAAAGACGACUUUGACCUCUUCCAAUAUUCACCUGACUUAUACUAAAUACAUAACAUAACCUUGUCUAACCUAACCUAGGACUGUAUAACCUAGCCUAGCCUAACUCACCUAACCUGCUCUGACAAACUAAAUACAUUAUCACAAAUAUAUGUAAUCGCUCUUGUAUAUUAGGUAAUGGUAUGUCUUAUGUUUUAAUGUUGAUAUUUAGUGUCUUUAUUAAUCUAGAAUAUGCACUGAAUGAGAAAAAAAUUAUAUUUCCACAGCGUUCUUGUAGCGUCUACUGGUGACCAAUGAAAAGCUAAAGAAGACACAGUUAUAAUGGGAGUGAGUUUUAUAUAUACAGUAUGUCCUAUAAGUAUGAAAAUCAGUAUCGUAUCCAUUUUCACCUAUAAUACUGACCAUAAUAUUGCUCAUAAUCUCUAAAUCCCUUAGUAAUCCUUAAAUCCGAAGAAAAAAUCCUACGAGAUGAUAGUAUUUAUCAACAAACCACACACUCACAUAGUAUUUAUCAACAAACCACACACUCACUUCCUGUACAGUAAAUAGUGUGAGAUUUUUUUAACACGGGAUGACGAAUCUCGUCUUUUAGAAACGCCUGUCGGAUUUUUAAAGUGGGAGACGUUUUUAAGGACGAAAAUGGAUCAGGUAAUUCACACGACAACAACCCGACUGUUGAAAAUGGUUAAAAACAACUAGUAAUGGUAGUGGUUAUGGUAGUGGUUAUGGUAGUAAUAUUUGUAGAUGAUAGUACUGUUAAAGAUCGUGGCUGUAAUGGUAGAUGUUAUGGUAUAGCAAUGUUUAUGGCUAUGGUAACACUCAAGAGAUUAUGUUUGCAAUGAUAUGGUAACAGGUGAGUGGCCUAAGUAUAGCAGGAACUAUGGUACCAACACAAUGGCGAUGAAAUAAGAAAGCUUUUAUGAUGGUAGAGAUAGAAACCCAUAGGAAUGGAAAGCACACACACACACACACACAGAUAAUGGUAUAGCCAUGGGAGGGAUGUGGUGCCAACAGAAUGAUAUACGGUAAAAUGGUAGAUGGCGUGGCAGAAAUGAUGGUGGCAUAGCCAGGGUUAUUGUCCGUUACGGUAGUAGAGCAGGUACUUUUACUUUACCUUCAUCCUCUUCACGGCUGAUCCGCUCUUUCGCCGCUUGGGAAUAACGGUUGUGGGCGAUAACGGAAGUAAAGCACUGAUUGAACACAAACAGGUAACGAAACGACUCGGUAAAUGUCAGUCUUCUCACACCUCAGUUAUUGCGGAGUGUUAAAAAAAUGACAGGUAGAGAGAUUCGGUGUAAGAAUGCCAUUUAUCACUUUGAACAGCAAUUCUAUGAUAACAGCUGAAGUGUGUUUUUUUUUUUACUUAUAAUCUAUUGUUGUUGUUUAAAUGUAUUACUGCGCUUCAACAACAAAGAUUUACUUACACUAGACAAAAAGUAUCAAAUACUAAAAUCUCGUAUUCUAAGCAAGUCCAUACACUGUGGGUGGGCGUGAUCCAGGUAUAUGCUGAUAACCACAAGAUGUGAA